CUUACUCCGCCACCUUCCUUUUAUUCCUUUGCUUUCAGUAAUGGAAAAUUAACAGCAAAAAGAGAGGAGAGGAAAUAUCCAGUGUUAUUUACCGAUAAUACCAGAGCAGAAAACACACGCGCAUAUCUAAGAAGCUUUUAGUUGGCAUCUUAGAGCUGAUCAGCGAUUGAUUUCCAACAACUUUUUUCUCUAUAUCUACCCAUGUUAUUGUAAGAUUAUUCUGCAAAUUGUGUCAAUGGCGUCUGAACCUUUUUAUGAAAGAAGCCUCCAAUCACAUACUUCUUACAUGGAGGAUGUUCUGUCGAAUACCAACUGGGAUGAUUUGAUUUGUCCAAUAUGUUUGGAUGUUCCCCACAACUGUGUGCUCCUCCAAUGUCCAUCUUACGGGAAAGGUUGCCAUCCUUUUGUUUGUGACACAAACCACUUGCAUUCAAAUUGUUUGGAUCGAUUCAAAAAUGCAAACGGGGUGUCACCCCCUUCAACAUCUGAUACAAUUCCUACAACAAGCAUUCAGCUAACAGCAUUUGAAGACAACUGCAAGCCAUCUUGCCCCUUAUGUAGAGGGGAAGUCAUUGGAUGGUUUGUUGUUGAUGAGGCUCGUCUACUUCUAGAUGAGAAGAAACGUUUUUGUGAGGAGGAGCACUGCACAUUUACUGGAACCUACUCUGAAUUACAGAAACAUGCUCAGUUAGAGCAUCCUCAUGCACAUCCUUCGAGAAUUGAUCCUGCUCGGCAGUUUGAUUGGGAAAAUCUUCAGCAGUCCUCUGAGAUAAUAGAUGUUAUGAGCACUAUACAUUCAGAAGUCCCACGUGGGGUGGUUCUUGGGGACUAUGUAAUUGAAUAUGGUGAAGAUGAAUCUGGAGAUGAUUUUGAUGACUUCCCUGGUGAGGGAAACUGGUGGACCUCUUGUAUUUUAUAUCAGGUGUUUGAUAACUUGAGGAUUUCUAGAAAUAGAAGGAGAUCGAGAGUCACUGAUGCUAGAAGGGGAAACCGCCUCUCUAGUUAUGCUUCAUCAAAUUCUGAUGAGGGUUCCGUGACUUCUGGAGAAUAUGCAGAGUAUAGAAUAGAUGAGACUGAUGAUGAGUUUGUGAGCACAAGUGCUCCCUCCCGAAGUAGCUUUGGCUAUCGGAGUUCACGAAGGCGCCGGUCCCGCUUUUAUGACAAUUAGGGUGUUCCGUAGAAGCGGUGGCACGGAUUGAGCGUGUGGAGGUGGACUCUUGGCGCAGGGUAGCAGAUAGUUUUAGAUUAUGAAACAUGUAAAAAGAAUAUAUGUGAUUGGAACUUAUUAUGUUUGUGAUGAGAUGUUGUGGUUGGAUUUGAAUCUCAUGUUUAUCAAAGAAAUGGAAUAUAAAGUUGAAUUAUUCGUAUAUA